ACAUCUACCAUGUUGCCCUGUGGACCAGCUUUGUCCUUUGUUCGGUGUCUGGUGCGGAAGAAGAACAUCAGUGGUGAAAGUCCUGAGGACUCCAAGUUGUGCCGAUGCUUGUCGACGGUGGACCUUAUAGCCCUAGGAGUAGGAAGCACCCUUGGUGCUGGUGUUUAUGUUCUUGCUGGAGAAGUAGCCAAAUCCAAUUCUGGACCUAGCAUCGUUGUUUCUUUCCUCAUUGCUGCGCUGGCAUCUGUCAUGGCAGGUCUCUGCUACGCUGAGUUUGGUGCUCGUGUUCCCAAGACUGGUUCUGCGUAUUUGUAUACUUAUGUAACUGUUGGUGAACUAUGGGCUUUUAUCACUGGCUGGAAUCUCAUUUUAUCCUAUGUUAUAGGUACAUCAAGUGUAGCAAGAGCCUGGAGUGGCACCUUUGAUGAACUUCUUGGAAAACAGAUUGGUCACUUCUUCAGAACCUACUUCAAAAUGAAUUACUCUGGGCUAGCAGAGUAUCCUGAUUUCUUUGCUGUAUUCCUUGUAUUACUUUUAUCAGGUCUUCUAUCUUUUGGAGUAAAAGAAUCUGCAUGGGUGAAUAAAAUUUUCACUGCUAUUAACAUCUUGGUCUUAUUCUUCGUUAUGAUUUCUGGUUUUGUGAAAGGAGAUGCUGACAACUGGAAAAUAAGUGAAGAAUAUCUCAUCAACCUUACUGCAGUAACAGAGAAUUUCUCAUCCUAUGAGAACGUGACAAGUAUAUAUGGGAGUGGAGGCUUUAUGCCUUAUGGUUUCACAGGAACAUUGGCUGGUGCUGCAACCUGUUUCUAUGCUUUUGUAGGAUUUGACUGCAUUGCAACAACUGGAGAAGAAGUCAAGAAUCCCCAGAAAGCAAUACCUAUAGGAAUUGUGGUGUCCCUGCUUGUCUGCUUCCUGGCCUAUUUUGGGGUUUCAGCUGCACUGACACUCAUGAUGCCAUACUAUCUACUAGAUGAGAAAAGUCCUCUGCCAGUAGCAUUUGAAUAUGUUGGAUGGGGUCCUGCAAAAUACGUUGUGGCAGUGGGGUCCCUCUGUGCUUUAUCUACAAGUCUUCUUGGAUCCAUUUUCCCAAUGCCACGUGUAAUCUAUGCUAUGGCGAAGGAUGGGUUGCUUUUCAAAUGUCUAGCUCAAAUCAAUUCCAAAACGAAGACCCCACUAGUUGCUACUCUAUCGUCUGGUGCAGUAGCAGCUAUAAUGGCAUUUCUGUUUGACUUGAAGGCUUUAGUGGACAUGAUGUCUAUUGGUACACUUCUUGCUUACUCACUUGUGGCAACCUGUGUCCUCAUUCUUAGGUACCAACCCAGUUUACCCUAUGAGCAACCAAAAUAUCCUCCAGAAAAAGCAGCUUUGGCUGCAUCUGAAAGAGAAUCUGCAGUAAGUGAAUCACAGAUAAAUAUGAUACAAGAGAACCGCUUCAGUCUGCAGGCCCUGAUUAAUCCAUCCAGUUUACCUACUGAGCAGACUGCAACUACUGUUAACUUUUUAGUUGGUCUCUUAGCUUGCUUGGUUUGUGGCUUGAGUGUCCUCACCACGUACGGGAUUCAUUACAUUGCUAACUUGGAGCUCUGGAGUAUUGGCCUUCUUACUGUGUUGGUGGCAUCCUUCAUAGUUGCGAUUCUCCUCAUCCAAAGGCAGCCUCAGAACCAGCAGAAAGUGGCCUUUAUGGUUCCACUAUUGCCAUUUUUGCCAUCAUUCAGUAUCCUGGUAAAUAUUUAUUUGAUGGUACAAUUAAGUACAGACACUUGGAUCAGAUUUAGCUUCUGGAUGGCACUUGGCCUCCUCAUUUACUUUGCUUAUGGCAUCAGACACAGUCUUGAAGGUCAUCAUAGGGAUGGAGAUGAUGAUUCUUGUUCAGAAAAUAGUGGGCUGCAACAAAAGAACCCUGUGGAAGAAGUGGAUGAGCCUGAAAAUGCAAAUGAAAGUGAUCAAUUUCUUCCACAUGAGAGGACAAGUGAAUGUUAA